UGAAAAGACAAAAUUCUCUUCCAAGAUGGCGACCGCUGCGAAAGCGCCAGAUACGAGACAGGAACUGGCGGAUUUAGUUAAAAGACGCCAAGCACUCGCUGUAAGUUGCCUGAAAAACUGGGAAUUUAUCAAACGUUUUUCAUCUUUAGUUGAUAGUAGUUUUUAAGUGGUCAGUGCGUUUAAAAAUGUGGUAUUAUCGUAAAAUUCCUAAACUGAUUGGGCGGCCAUUUUGUUUUGUUAAAAUACCAGAAAACGUUCGAGAAAAUUAAGGCCGUAAAGAGAUUCACAUAUUUUUGUUUUAUAAAAUAAUCGUCUUCACUGCAAACUAUCUGCAAUAAUUACUUGAUUGGGUGAGAAAAUACAAAGUAUUUUGUAAUGAAUUUUACUAUUUUAGAAUUUAAUAUAAAAGUAAUUUUGACAGGAAGUAUUAAAAUUAUUUGACAACAAAACAGACAUAUGAUUUCUUCAGACUUCAAGGUUAAUGGAAAAUAUAUAUAUUAAUAUCUGAAUGUUAAAAUUGUUUUAUAUAAUCAACAUCAUACUGCUAUGCAGUUUGGUUGUAUUUUAUGACAUCAUAGGGCGUGGCCUCUCCAGUUAAAAGAGGGGGAAGGGAUAAUUAUGGAGGGUGAAUAUCUGGAGGUUAAAACCUGUAUAAUAUUUAUCCCUAGGAAGGUUUGGCCAAUUUAGAAAGGCAAAUUUAUGCAUUUGAAGGAAGCUAUUUGGAAGAUACUCAGCAAUAUGGCAAUAUUAUUCGAGGAUGGGACAGACUUAUGACGAAUAAGUGAGUGUUGUUACGAAGUAACACUGUAUGAUUCACUUUUCUGCCAUAGUAAAACAGGAAAUGUCAUGUUUGGCGAUGGCAAUUUAAUCUCACCACCCUUUCAUCUUAAUUCCCAACUAUAUUUUCUGACACUUUGAAAUAACAGGAGCACAUCAACAAAAUUGGAAAGAAAGCACAGAAAAUUUAAAGAUGCAGAGAGGUUGUUUUCGAAAUCAUCAAUCACAUCUCAUGCAGUAAGUAACAGAAUGUUUUUCAAUCCCAUUAAGUUGCAUUGCACCCUAAUCUACCCUUACUUUAAUAUUUUACUCUGUCUAACACCAGAAAAUUUUAAUUUUUUUGUGUAUUCAUAGGCUGUUCAAAGAGGUGGGAUGGCUGACCCUGAACCAGAACGAGUGCUGAGUAAGUAGAAAAUAAUGUCACAAUGUCUAUGAUUUUUGUAGAUAGGUGCUGGGGGAGGAGGUUACUCAAGAAAAUUUGUUUUUGUUGGAUGCAUAUAUUUUAAAGUUUGUAAAGUGUAGAAAUAAGAUAUGUAAAUGUUUUCUGGUUCUCAUGAUUAAAUGAAAUGAGUAUCUGCAAAGCUAAUAGCCUAGGCUACUUUCACUGAUUGAAUACAUGUUCCUUUUUAGGAGAAACCGCAGCAAACAUGGAACCAUUGGCAUUGCAACACAACCAUAUUGGAAAAGUACACAAAGGUACAGUAGUGUACAUGAACAUUUGAUUAGGUCCAUUCUAAAGAUAUUAUAUUCAUAAAAAGGACAUUAAAUCUUAGAAUUUUUUUUCUUAAAGCAUCUCACAAGAAAAGGAAAAACAAGAAAAGGUGAAAAUGAACAUUCAGUGCAUUAAUAGAUCUUCCCUUUUAAUGCAGACAUUAGAUAUACUUUCCUUUGUUCUAUUCAGGAAUAUUGAACUACGGCUAAAGAAGGGAACACCAAGAUCAGCAGAAAUGAGCGCUGGAGAGGUUCGUUAAGUUCACGCGAAUAUGACAUAAAACAUUUUCAUGUCAGAGUCAGAGAAAACCCACAAAUAAUUAUGAAAUGAUUACAUGUAUGGAUAAAAUGUAAACAGUAUUUAUAAGAAAUUACCAACAUGAAUAAAAUAUAUUCCAAUACGAAACAAAACGUGUGUCUGUAAUAAAAAUAGCGACAUAAAAACAUCCACUUUUGGUUUACGUAUAGUUAUACUGUCAACUGCCAUCCUUCACCUUUUCUCAUUACACUGUGAUACUUUCCAUUACAGGUCUUAUACUAUUACUUUACCUUCUUUUUGAAUAGUCUAUUUUGUUUUUGUGCAACUAUUCUUAAUUCUAUCUUUUCUUUACCGUAAACUUUCUAUUACCAUCAACACGGCUUUAACAUAACGUCACCCUUAUACUUUCUGCAUGUGAACAGGUUGUUGAGAUCUUUAUUUCUGACAAUAUAUUCAUUUUUACGAGAAAGAAUAGUUAAUGUUUCAAUUAAUUGAAAUCCAGUCAGCAACCGGUUACUAACAAUGUACUGUUUCACAAUUUAUAGGAUGACGACUGAACGUUCAAAUUGUAAUAAUAUUGGUAAUAUAAUAGUGACAAUUACAGAAGUGUUGUCAAAAAGUUUCGUUCUUUUUUGUGAACACAUUUUAACAAACUUGUAUUUUAGUUUAAUAUUAAGGAUUUUGAAACACUUGUAUUUAAUUAAUGAACAAAUGUAUUUUUUGUAUAGAGUAAAUAAAUUGUAGCAUAAAAUGUUUGAAGGUUUCAUGCUUUUUUUCUGAAAACUUGAAUGGAAUCUAAGAGGUGGAAGAUUCCUACUCCAUAGAGAAGACAGCAAUACAGUGAAACUAAG